CAAGUUUUACUUCUCCCUGGUGCAGGGUGUUUGCCAGCAGCCUGCGAUCUCUCGGAAAUCAGACUCGAGUGCCUGGGACCCUUGAGAGCAAAGGCUUACCAUGCUACUCCCCAGGAGGGCCAGGCGCUGCUGACGCUACCACUGGACAGUUAUUCGUGGCUCUUAUAAUUACCAAAAAGAAUGGACAAGUUUAAUAAAAUAACUGUCCCAGCCAGUCAGAAGUUGAGGCAGCUUCAAAAGAUGGUCCACGAUAUUAAGAACAAUGAAGGUGGAAUAAUGAACAAAAUCAAAAAGCUGAAAGUCAAAGCACCUCCAAGUGUUCCUCAAAGGGAUUAUGCCUCAGGGAGCCCUGCUGAUGAAGAGGAGCAGUGGUCAGAUGACUUUGACAGCGACUAUGAAAACCCAGACGAGCACUCGGACUCAGAGAUGUACGUGCUGCCCGCCGAGGAGACUGGGGACGAUAGUUAUGAGCCGCCGCCCGCUGAGCAGGAGACGAGGACAGUUCAUCCAGCCCUGCCCUUCACCAGGGGCGAGUACAUAGACAAUCGAUCAAGCCAGAGGCAGUCUCCACCCUUCAGCAAGACCCUUCCCAGUAAGCCCAGCUGGCCUUCGGCAAAGGCGAGGCUGACCUCCACUCUGCCAGCUCCGACUUCUCUUCAGAGACCUCAAAUCCCACCCAAACCCAAAGAACUUCUCGAGGACGAGGCUGACUAUGUGGUCCCUGUGGAAGAUGAAGAUGAAAACUAUAUUCAUCCCACAGAAAGCAGUUCGCUCCCAUCUGAAAAAGCUCCCAUGGUGAAUAGAUCAAUCAAGCCAAAUAACUCCUCAAAGCCAGCCUCUUCUCCAGGGACAACUUCGGGUCGAAACAGUGGGGUCUGGGACUCUAAGUCAUCUUCUCUGCCCGCUGCGCCAUCCCCACUGCCCAGGGCCGGGAAAAAGCCAGCUACAUCACUGAAGACAACUCCAGUUGCCUCUCAACAGAAUGCCUCAAGUGUUUGUGAAGAAAAACCUAUACCUGCUGAACGCCACCGAGGGUCUAGUCACAGACAAGAAAAUAUGCCAUCACCUGUGUUUCCUCCUGCCCAGAAACAAAUUCAUCAAAAACCCAUACCUCUGCCAAGAUUUCCAGAAGGGGGAAGUCCAACCGUGGAUGGCCCAUUACCUGGCUUUUCAUCUAAUUCUAAUUUGUCAGAACAGGAAGCUGACGUUCACUGUAAGCCAUGGUAUGCUGGUGCCUGUGAUCGAAAGUCUGCUGAAGAGGCACUAUACAGAUCAAACAAGGAUGGAUCAUUUCUUAUUCGGAAAAGCUCUGGCCAUGAUUCCAAACAGCCAUAUACACUAGUUGUAUUCUUUAAUAAGCGAGUAUAUAAUAUCCCUGUGCGAUUUAUUGAAGCAACAAAACAGUAUGCUUUGGGCAGGAAGAAAAAUGGUGAAGAGCUGGCAACCACCAUUCUGCUUUCUAUGAAUUUGACAACUAUAGAUGCUUCAUAUAAGCGGGAUCAUACAAAUACUUUGGAAGUGUUGCUGAAAUUAUCAAGAAUCAUCAACAUAGUCCCCUGGUUCUUAUCGACAGUCAAAAUAACACAAAAGAUUCCACAAGACUGAAAUACGCAGUUAAAGUUUCAUAAAUUAAAAAAAAAGUCAACAUCAUUGCUUCAGACAUUUCCCCUAUUUCUACUUUUGAGAAAAAGUCCCAAAACUUCAUAUUUUGGAUUAUGAGCCAUCCAGUAAUAAAACAGAAGAUGGAGGCAGCUAUUGAGGUGGUCAUCCAUUUCUUUAUAAGAAGCUCAGACGAACUUGUUCUAUUGCCUGACCUGAUGAACUGUUAAUAUCUGGUGAGGUUGACUCAUCAUGCUACUAAUCUCCAAAUAAAUGUCUUUAUUUAAAGUAAACAAGUGUAAAGCAUUUUCAGUCAUGUAAAAAAAUAGGACUCUAUUUUCUAAAUGAGAAAAGAAUACUCUUGGAGAAAACAAAGCUGCUAGAAAUUUAAGCCACCACAAUGGUCACUGGUGCACUAAUGUAACUAGGAUGUCUACUGUCAAUGCUUGACAAUUAUGUCUUGGUUAAAAUUUUAAUGUCUAGAAAAUAAAAGAUAGGUAAUGUAUGAUGUUUAUAAGUACAGAUAAGAGGGAUGUAAUGGUUCCUUUUUGUGAGUGCUCCCAACCACGGGAGAUGUAUAGAGAUAUGAAUUUUCCAGAAGUUUUUGUCCAUGAUUAUGUUGUUAGCUUUGCUUAUUAAAUAAAAUUAUACCCUCUUUGA